AUGACUCUGGUUCACAUCGUCCUGUUCAAAUUUCGCCCUGAAGUCACAGAGGAACACAAACAAAAAUUUGUGACCGAACUCAAGAAGUUGAAGAAUCUUCCUUGUGUAAAACGAGGACGCCUUCUAGUUGGAGGACCUAGCGUAACUGAUCCUAUUGAACGCAGCAAGGGAUUCCAAAUUUCUCUUGUCAGCUUCCACGAGAAUCUAGAAGCCUUAUUGGAGUACCAGGCUAGUGCUGAGCAUCAUCGUGUAACCUCCACGUACAUGUUCCCCUACAAAGAAGAUCUGAUGCGGUUCGAUUUUGAAGUCGAUGAGGAGGACGAGUAUAUGUGUGACUUUCCGUUAUUGUCUUAA